CACCGGGCGGGGCGGGUCCGGUCCGGUCGGGUCCUCCGGGCCGCCAGGGGGCGCGCGUGGGGCGGCGGGAGGGCGGCGGGAGCGGCCGUGCGGUAGGAGCGGCCAUGCCGUACGCCAAUCAGCCCACGGUGCGCAUCACCGAGCUGACGGACGAGAACGUCAAGUUCAUCAUCGAGAACACGGACCUGGCAGUGGCAAAUUCCAUCCGCAGGGUGUUCAUCGCCGAGGUCCCCAUCAUAGCCAUCGACUGGGUCCAGAUUGACGCCAACUCCUCCGUGCUCCAUGACGAGUUCAUUGCCCACAGGCUGGGUCUCAUUCCCCUCACCAGCGAUGACAUCGUGGAUAAGAUGCAAUAUUCCAGAGACUGCACCUGUGACGAGUUCUGCCCUGAGUGCUCCGUGGAGUUCACCCUCGACGUGAGGUGCAACGAGGAUCAGACCCGACACGUCACCUCCAGGGACCUCAUCUCCAACAACCCCCGUGUCAUCCCGGUGACAUCUCGGAGCAGAGACAAUGACCCCAAUGACUAUGUGGAGCAGGAUGACAUCCUCAUCGUGAAGCUGCGGAAGGGGCAGGAGCUGAGGCUGAGAGCCUACGCCAAGAAGGGCUUUGGGAAGGAGCACGCCAAGUGGAACCCCACAGCAGGAGUGGCCUUUGAGUACGACCCAGACAAUGCACUGAGGCACACCGUGUACCCCAAGCCUGAGGAGUGGCCCAAGAGUGAAUACUCAGAGAUCGACGAGGAGGAUGCCCAGGCUCCCUAUGACCCCAAUGGGAAGCCAGAGAGGUUUUAUUACAACGUGGAGUCCUGUGGUUCUCUGCGCCCAGAGACCAUCGUCCUCUCUGCUCUCUCUGGCUUGAAGAAGAAACUGAGUGACCUCCAAACCCAGCUGAGCCACGAGAUCCAGAGUGAUGUCCUCACCAUCAAUUGAGGUGGCCCCUUGUGAGAGUGCCUGGGAGGGACUGAGUGCAGCAGCAGGUUCCUCCCUCUGCCUCUCCUGAACACCUCUUCUGGCUGAUGCCACCUCUCCCUGGCCAUCCUUCCCAGGGAAAGCCACCGUGAUGUGUGGGGUGAAGCAGGAAGGAGUCAGUGAAACAGGCUUUGUAUCCAAGUAAUCCUUGAGUUUUAGGCCAGAGUUCUGGAUUCUGGCCACAGGGUUGGGAGGCACGUACCCAGUUACAUGUACCUAUCUUAUUGGCAUGUCCAUUCCUUUCUGUGCUGAAUAAAGCCUUCCUUGCUGUGUUGUCAUCCCUGAGACCUCC